GCUCCCGCGACGCCCGCCACACUGUCUGUGACAGCUGCUGCCCUCCCUGGGAGUUCCAGGACAAUGGCCACCCCCCCCAACCCAGCACAUGCCUACUUUGAGAGCUUCCUGCAGGCCCAGCUGUGCCAGGAUGUGCUGAGCAGCUUUCAGGGGCUAUGUGAGACCCUGGGGGUGGAGGCCGGCGGGGGGCUGGCCCAGUACCACAAGAUCAAGGCCCAGCUGAACUACUGGAGUGCCAAGUCCCUGUGGGCCAAGCUGGACAAGCGAGCAGGCCAGUCUGUGUACCAGCAGGGCCGGGCCUGUGCCCACACCAAGUGCCUAGUGGUGGGCGCUGGACCUUGUGGGCUUCGGACUGCUGUGGAGCUGGCACUGCUGGGGGCCCGAGUGGUCCUGGUAGAAAAACGCACCAAGUUUUCCCGGCACAAUGUGCUCCACCUCUGGCCCUUCACCAUCCAUGACCUGCGGGCACUCGGCGCUAAGAAGUUCUAUGGGCGCUUCUGCACGGGCACCUUAGACCACAUCAGCAUCCGGCAGCUGCAGCUGCUACUGCUGAAGUUGGCCUUACUUCUGGGAGUGGAAAUUCACUGGGGUGUCACAUUCAGCCACCUCCAGCCCCCUCCCCAAAAGGGGAGUGGCUGGCGUGCCCAUUUCCAGCCCAAUCCCCCGGCCCAACUGGCCAACUAUGAAUUCGAUGUCCUCAUCUCAGCUGCUGGAGGUAAAUUCAUCCCUGAAGGCUUCACAGUUUGGGAAAUGCGAGGCAAGCUGGCCAUUGGUAUCACAGCCAACUUUGUGAACGGGCGCACGGUGGAGGAGACGCAGGUGCAGGAGAUCAGUGGCGUGGCUAAGAUCUACAACCAGAAGUUCUUCCAGAGCCUGCUCAAGGCCACAGGCAUUGAUCUGGAGAAUAUUGUGUACUACAAGGAUGACACCCACUACUUCGUGAUGACAGCUAAGAAGCAGUGCCUGCUGCGACUGGGGGUGCUGCGCCAGGACUACUCGGAGACCGAUCAGCUCCUGGACAGUGCCAAUGUGGAUCCCGAGGCUCUGCAGCGCUUUGUCCGGGCUGCUGCUGACUUCGCCACCCAUGGCAAGCUGGGGAAGCUGGAUUUUGCCCAGGAUGCCCAUGGGCGGCCAGAUGUCUCUGCCUUUGACUUCACAAGCAUGAUGCGGGCUGAGAGCUCUGCGCGUGUGCAGGAGAAGCAGGGUGCCCGUCUGCUACUGGGACUGGUCGGGGACUGCCUGGUGGAGCCCUUCUGGCCCCUGGGCACUGGAGUGGCCCGGGGCUUCCUGGCCGCCUUUGAUGCAGCCUGGAUGGUGAAGCGGUGGGCCGAAUGUGCUGAGCCCCUGGAGGUCUUGGCUGAGCGUGAGAGCCUGUAUCAGCUCCUGUCACAGACCACCCCAGAGAACAUGCAUCGCAACAUGGACCAGUACGGGCUGGACCCAGCUACCCGCUACCCCAACCUGAACCUGCGGGCUGUGACCCCCAACCAGGUGCGAGAGCUGUAUGACGUGGUAGCCAAGGAGCCUGCGCAGAGGAAGAAUGACAAGACCGACUCCGGAAGGCUGGGCACUGGCACAGGCACCCAGGAGGCGCUGCUACGCUGGUGCCAGGCGCAGACCGCUGGGUACCCAGGGGUCUGCGUCACCGACUUGUCCUCCUCCUGGGCGAACGGACUAGCGCUGUGUGCCCUGGUGCAUCGGCUGCAGCCCACCCUGAGGGAGCCCUCUGACCUGCAGGGGGUGGGAGCUCUGGAAGCAACCUCGUGGGCUCUGAAGAUGGCAGAGCAGGAGCUGGGCAUCACGCCGGUGAUGUCAGCUGAGGCGAUGGUGGCGGGGAGUGACCCGCUGGGCCUCAUUGCCUACCUCAGCCACUUCCACAGCACCUUCAAGAACAAGGCCCCCAGCCCAGGCCCUGUCAGCCAAGGCCCUGCGGGGACCUCCAGCGCUGUCCUGUUCCUUGGCAAAAUGCAGAGGACCCUGCAACGGACCCGGGCCCAGGCAAAUGGGGAGGAUUCUGGUGGCAAGAAACGUUGCCUGGAGGCAGAGGCUGAGACUCCAAGUACUGAACAGCCACCUGUCCCAGAGCCCAGUGUACCCCUGACGCCCCCACCCCAAAGCCCAGAGGCUGGGGCAGAGGCCCUGUGCGCACUCUGUGGGGAGCGGCUCUAUCUCCUGGAACGUCUCGGUGCGAACGGCCGCUUCUUCCACCGGAGCUGUUUCCACUGCCACGCCUGUGAGGCCACGUUGUGGCCAGGGGGCUAUGGGCAGCAUCCAGGAGACGGACUGUACUACUGCCUCCAGCACCUGCCCCCGACAGGCCACCAAGAGGACAGCAGAGGCCCCGAGAGCCCGGAGCUAUCCACCCCAGGUGGCAGCCUGCCAUCAGCCCCCUCCUUACCCACAAUCCCCCAGGCGGGGGCCGGUCCUGCUGUGAGCCCCAGCCAGCCCACCCGCCGGCUGAUCCGCCUCUCCAGCCCAGAGCGACAGCGGUUGUCCUCCCUCAGUCUUACCCCCGACCUGGACAUGGAGCCCCCUCCCAAGCCCCCUCGAAGCUGCUCGGCCUUGGCUCGCCAGGCGCUGGAGGGGAGCUUUGUAGGCUGGGGAGUGCCAGCCCAGGGGCCUCCAGGGCUCCCUAGCUCAGCCCUUGAGGACUUGGAGGAGGAGGGAGGGGAGAGCUCCCUCUCCAGUGAAGAGGAAGAGGAGGAGCAGGAAGAUGCUGCUCUGGAUGAGGCCACAGAGCAGGCCCUGCUGAUGUUUGCCAAGAACUCAGGCACCCUGAGCAAGUACCCAACGUGGCGCCGCACCCUACUGCGCCGUGCCAAGGAGGAGGAGAUGAAGAGGUUCUGCAUCGCCCAGGCCAUCCAACGGCGACAGAAUGAGAUCGAGGUUUCUCUGAGGCAGCUGGAGGAGGAGGGCAGGAAUCUGGAGCGGUCCUUGAGGCGCCAGAGCAGCUCCCCCGAACAGCAGAAGAGGCUGUGGCUAGAACAGCUGCUGCAGCUCGUUCAGAAGAAAGACCAGCUGGUGGAGGAAGAGGCUGAGCUCAUGAUCAAGGCACAGGAGCUGAACUUGGAGGAUAAACAGAGGCAGCUGGACCAGGAACUGCGAGGCUACAUAAACCGGGAAGAAACCCUGAAAACGGCGGCCGAGCGGCAGGCUGAGCAGCAGAUCCUGCAGAAGCUGGUGGACGUGGUGAACCAGCGAGAUGAUCUCAUCCGCUUCCAGGAGCAGCGCAGGCUCAGCGAACUGCCCCUGGGGUCCAGCACCCAGCGCUAGGUGGGCUGUCUGCCUCCGGCCCACAGUGCACCUCCCGCUGUGUGCGCAGGGCCAGGGCCUGGUCUCACACAAGCACAAGGCGACGGCACCCUGCUAUCUAGGCUGCUGGGAGAGGCCUCACUGUUUACAAUAAAAAUGCUCCUGCUCACA